GCGAACGCGCGCCACUCGGAUUCGGUGGUGGGAGUCGACAAACUAAAGGAUUAAUUAAAGGACCUGCUUAACCAGCCUAAUCAGCAGGAAUACAAAACGUCCAUCUACAUCACCACAAUGACCAAAUUGUCAUCACGAAGUCCUUCGAUGGCGGCUCAUUUCCUGGCCAUAAUGUUCCUGUUGAUGACGACGGGAAUCCAAACGCGUCGUCUGGGCCAUCGGCGCCUCAUCAUCCACGUGCCGGUCAAGGUGAAGACGCACCACCACACCCACACGGUCUACAAGGUGCUCCAUGGAGCCCAUGGCGGCGGCGGCGGCGGAGGAGGAGGUGUGAAGCAAACAGUGUACAAAGUACUUGGCUUCUCCACACAUGGAGGUGGUAUUGGCAAGGGUGGAGGAGGAGGUGGUGGCCAUGGCAGCUACGACCUGGGCGGAAUGGGCCACGGCGGCGAAAUCACGUACGAGGACAUGCACGGAUGCGAGAGCGGCAAGGUGAUUCCGGCGGCCAGGGACAUGAUUUUCAAUCACUACUCGCGACACGGCGAGGGCGACGGAGCUGGCGAGGAUUACGCCGAGGAGCUGGACGACUUUGUAGACCUAAGGGAUGGCUGGUUGUGA